CAUUACUCGCGUAAGCAGUUGAGCAUUUGUGUUUGUAUUAUUCUUUCUUGCGUCGCACCCAUUCAUCAAUCAUCAAUUUUCACUCCUCCAUGCUCUAUCUGUCUGUCUGCAAUUGCUACACGCUUCUAAUCAUGCUCACAAAUUUGAAGAGACAACAUAGUUAGUUAAUCCUGCUCCAUGAACGCAAUUCGGUCGCGUUGGUUGGCGACAAUGGCAGAAAACAUUGGCAAAACCAAUCUCCAAACCUCUGCUUCUUCUGCAACAACAACAUCUUCCUCGCUUCGUCGUUUCUUGCCUUCUGUCCUGCGUUGGAUCCCAACUUCCACCGACCACAUCAUCAACGCCGAGAAGCGCCUCCUCUCUCUUGUCAAGACUCCGUAUGUUCAGGAACAAGUUAAUAUAGGUUCUGGACCACCAGAUUCUAGAGUUAGGUGGUUCCGUUCCGCGAGCAACGAGCCACGGUUUAUCAACACCGUCACGUUUCAAAGUAAAGAUGACGCUCCUACGUUGGUGAUGGUUCAUGGAUAUGCCGCGUCACAGGGUUUCUUUUUCCGCAACUUUGAUGCUCUUGCCUCUCGUUUCAGAGUCAUUGCUAUUGAUCAACUUGGUUGGGGUGGAUCUAGCAGGCCUGAUUUUACAUGCAAAAGCACUGAAGAAACUGAGGCGUGGUUCAUUGAUUCCUUUGAGGAAUGGAGAAAAGCCAAAAACCUGAGCAAUUUUAUACUGGUUGGGCAUUCUUUUGGGGGUUAUGUUGCUUCCAAAUAUGCACUUAAGCACCCAGAGCAUGUACAACACUUGGUUCUGGUGGGAUCUGCUGGAUUUUCAUCAGAAACAGAGAGGAUUACUAAGUUCUUAUCGACUUGGAAGGGAUCAAUCCUGAAGCAAAUAUGGGAUUCUAAUUUCACACCUAUGAAAAUUAUCAGAGGAUUAGGUCCUUGGGGUCCUGAUUUGGUCCGCAGGUAUACAAGUGCUAGAUUUUCAACUGGGGAAAUGCUGACAGAAUCUGAAUCGACAUUGCUGACAGAUUAUCUUUACCACACAACAGCUGCCAAACCUAGUGGCGAGCUGUGCUUAAACUAUAUAUUUUCAUUUGGAGCAUUCACCAAGUUGCCCCUUCUUCAAAGUGCCUCAGAGUGGAAGGUGCCCACUACUUUCAUAUAUGGUGUCCAAGACUGGAUGAAUUAUGAAGGGGCUCAAGAAGCUCGCAAGCAUAUGAAAGUUCCCUGUGAAAUCAUUAGGGUUCCCCAGGCCGGGCAUUUUGUGUUCAUCGAAAACCCGUCUGGCUUCCAUUCAGCUGUGUUUCAUGCUUGCCGGAGGUUUCUGAGUCCUGAUCCUGACAAUGAACCCCUUCCUGAAGGGCUAAUCUCUGCAUAGAGUAUAAUUUUCUUGUGUAGUGCUGUCUAUAUUUUUUAUUUUUCAUUUUUUUGACAAAUAAAAUUCCAUAAUUUAAUCAAGCCAUAUUCUAGUCUUGUAAGUUGUAAGAGCAAUUCAAAGAAAAACCAACUGUAAUAUAAAUUUGAUGUGUGUAACAUGUGCUAAUUAAAACAUGUAAUUGGUUUUUGUAUUAUUUUGUGCUAUGGAUGAAAAUUUAGUCUUACAAA